CCGCAUUGCAUUGUGCGCCGGCGCAGUGCCUUCCGGGAUGGGCCCGGGUCUUCUCUGCUGGAGGGGGCAGAGGGGGCGUGGCUAAGGUGCUAAUAUGUUGCGCCGCAUCCUGGCUUUCCUGGUUUUCCCGCGUUUUCUCCCAAAAGGCGGCAAAGAAGAUCUCCCUCGCGGCAGCAUGUUUUACGCGGUGAGAAAUGGCAGAAGGACAGGCGUGUAUCACACCUGGGAAGAAUGUAAAGAACAAGUUGACCGAUACCCAUAUGCUAGUUUUAAAAAGUUUGGUUCAGAAGAGGCGGCUUGGAACUUUGUAGAUGGGGGGACAUCUUCCUCAACAGGCACAUUGGCAGAGGAAGCCAGUCAUGCAGACACAACACCUCCUGACGACCCAUCACCUGUUGCUGAAGCUGGCAGUAGUUAUUCUUAUGGAGGCGAGAGAAGUAAUUGUUACUGGAAUGACACUUCUACAUCUUGGUCCAAUACAAGUUCAUCCAAACGAUCUUACGAACAGCCCUCAGAAAGCCAUCAUCAGAGAAAACGUACAAAAUACACUGAUGCACCAUAUGAGAACAAAGAUAAAUUCUCCUAUAUGGGAGAAUAUGCUGUUGUCUAUACCGAUGGCUGCUGCUCAAGUAAUGGGCGAAGUAAAGCACGUGCUGGAACAGGUGUAUAUUGGGGACCAGGCCAUCCUCUAAAUAGUAGUGAGAGACUUCCUGGAAGGCAGACUAACCAAAGGGCUGAAAUUCAUGCUGCUUGCAAAGCAGUAGAACAAGCAAAGAGUCAAAAUAUCAAGAAACUGGCAAUCUAUACUGACAGCAAGUUUACCAUUAAUGGUAUGACAAGCUGGGUUCCAAACUGGAAAUCCAAUGGUUGGAAAACCAAGACUGGAAAAGAAGUAAUAAACAAAGAGGAUUUUGAAAAGCUUUCUAAGCUUUCUGAAGGCAUGGACAUCCAAUGGAUGCAUGUUCCAGGUCAUGCUGGCUUUACUGGAAAUGAAGCUGCUGAUCGCCUGGCAAGAGAAGGAGCUGGAAAGUCUUCAAAAUAGCAUUUUGUAGCUGGAAAGUUGCACUGAAUUCUGGGGCAGUGGUAGGAGGAAAGGAUUCUUUCAGAUGAACCUGAGUUGGUGAAUUUCCAAUGUUCUAGAAAACCAGGCGAAGGAUGUGGUUAUUUGCCUUUGUUCUAAAGAGGUUGUUUUCAAAAGACUUUAAAAUGUUUGGUUUACAAAACGUGACAGUUAGUAGUUCUGCGCAAUGUGUUGCUACAGGAUCUCUUCCAUGUCACCAUUAUUACUAAGUUCUAACAGUUUUAUAAACUUCGUUAAGGACUGUUAAAAAUGCAUGGUAAGAAAAAAUACACUGUUUGCUUGGACAGCAUUGUAUUUCCUAUUGUGCAUUCUGAAAUAAAGAGUUAUAUUUUUGUGUUUUAA